GGCCAGCUUCCACCCCAGACUGCUGUCUUGCGUCCCUCCGUGUCCUGCCCGCAGCUCUCUGAGGCCGCGGCUGACGAGCAACCACUGGCAGUGAUGGCGGGAGGCCCCCCGAUCAUCAAGGAGGAGAUGGACACUGCCGUGGACGAAGAGCUGGGUCCUGGGAGCCAUCGGCAGAGCCAGGAGCACCUGGUGAUUGCAGAAAUGAUAGAGCACGGGUCCCGUGCCCUGGGCGUCUCUCAGCGGCGACAGAAGUUGGAGGCAAAGGUUCCUGGCUCCACAGCAGCCCCGUUGCUUUGGAAUUUGACUUCUGCCGGGCCCAAGAAAAUGGGGCCCCAGCUGCCGAUGCCCAGAAUGCCAAGAGAAGCGGGCCAUGGCGACGGCCCUGUCCAGGAGUCUCCUAGCGUCUUCCAAGGUGUGAGGUGCCAUUACGAACGCAACGCAGAGGCGGAUCUGAUCGCAGAGAUCGGCCUGGAAGAGCUGAAUGGGCUGGAGAUGGAAGUCAUGCGCAGGCAGCUGCGUGUGAUCACCGGGCGCCUGCGUGCCCUGGAGGACCAGGGAGCGGGCCUGCGCCACAGGGACGCGCUCUUCUUCACCGUGCUGGCGUCAGCCUGCCUGGCCAACCUGUGGCUGUGGAUGCGCCAGUGAGGCUGCCGGCAGCCACCGAGCCCUCUCCUGCUCUCUUCCCUGCUUUCUCGGGCCGCCCUUGCCCGUCUUCCUUCCGCCUCCCAGCUGCCCCCAGGGACCCCAGCAGCUGAAUAUCUGGGUGCUAGGCCUGGCCCUCGCCCCUCGCUGCCCCUUCUGUCCCACCCUCCUUGGCAGGGGCGCGGCUCUGUCUGCGCUGUCUUCUUCCCCUCGCGCGCAGGGCUCUGCACAUGCACUAUGCUCAAUAAAAGUUAAGUGACAGCAGCAA